AUGAUAUAUAGACCGAUAAUUGUAGAGACUGAUCUCUGUUCUCAGGUGAUGGCAAAUCCAUUUGAUACUGCGCGGAGGUUAUUGACGAAAAAUGAUAUCAAGAAUACAUCUUUCAAUGAAAAACUGGAUCUUUAUUUCGUUGAUUACGAUAUCAUGCCACUCUACAUGCAGGAGAAUUACAUUUCUGCUUAUCUAUACGGAUCAACAUUUUCAUCACCUGAAGAUGAAGUUCGCGCAUCAGACGUUUUGGCUGGAGUGGCAGAUUGUUUAACUUUGGGAGAUUUGUUGAACUCGAAAGUACGACGAGAGGGACAAUGGAGUCUGCUUGGCGAUGUAGGAUUGUUUACGGCUGUAGUUCCGGCCUGUCAGGCUGCCGGGUUCAUUGCUCGCCCUGAGUUUCCGAAAUGGCUGGGACGCAAUUCAACAACAACAAAGAACAGACGUUUGUUGAAUGAAUUGCAGCUUUAUUUGGCUCCAUCCACAACAACCACACCAGUGCAAAUGAGAACCAGUGGGUAUUUGGAUUUGCUUUAUGAAAAGAUCUUGGCACCAUUAAAUGAUUCAAAGGCCCAAGAUCCUAAAGAGCAAGCGCAAGAAUGUAUGAAACUAAUUGAUGCAUGCGGAUUAACGAGAGAUCAAGUUGUUGAAAAUCUUGGAAGUUUACGACUGAAACGACAAAAAUUCAUUAAAAUUGUUUGCUUUAGGAUAAGAUUUUAUGAUCUGAUUGAUAGCUCUUUAAAACGGUCCCUAACGACGCUGUAUAACGCAUCUACCCAUUCAAUACGAAUGGCGCCACCGACAUUCUCAGUGAAAAAGAAAGCUAAAGGACCAUCCAAAGAAACAGAAGAUGACGGUGGCGAGGAUGCAACGGCUCCAAUCAAAGAAGAGGAACGGCAAAAAGAACAAGCUCCGCCCCAAAGCGCAAAGCCAAGGCGAAAGCCUCAACUAAAAAGGCCAGUCCAAAACGAAAAAGGCAAUAGUUCACAUUCAAGUACCACUUCCACUGUGCGUCCUCUCAUUUUCAAAAAAUUCGUUGCACGCAAAGAACAGACAAGCAUUCCAUCAACCUGGUGA